AUGUCUAGUCCAUUCAGAAGCUACGACGACGACAGGGUUUCAUAUCUCCGUAGCUGCGAAGAUGGCCCCCCAUGUCAGUUUGGUGUGGUAGAAGAGGCCCUCAGCCCAAGACACAAAAGCCCCAGAGCUGGAGCCGGAAUGUCUUUCUGUUUUAAUGGGAGCCUUACGACAGGAAGUUCUGAUACACACUAUACGUCCGAAUCCCCAGCAGGACGUUGGAUAUAUGUCGGAGGAGGAAGAAAUGAAAGAGGGCAUAGGGAACAUGGCGGGCAUGGAAGUCAUGGAGGAGGAGAAGGCCAUGGGGGAGGGCAUGCACGCAUUGAGCCCACCAUGUUAGCGGAUAUUAUCAGGAGGAACCAUCUGGAAACGGAUAUGGUCAAUCGGAGCAUUACAACGACUGCACUCUGGAGCGAGGUCCAUCCUAAAAUGAUGUACAAUGGCUCUUGGCCCAAGGAAUUCAGCAUCCCCAAGACAGUGGAUGACCUCAACUCUAUGGACAGCAGCGCCCUGGAUCGUAUUCUCCUUGCAUAUAAUCUCACGUCUGGACACAGCUGCGACCGGAAGUAUCGUCCCCAUGGAGAGACCAAGAAAAAUAAGCUCUGGCGUCUUUUGGAAUUCCUUGGUGCAGAUCAUCUAAUCCCCCAUAGAGACGUAGAAGAGGAAAUAUUUUGUUCUAGGCACGAGAGGCAUGGUGCUAGCGGCUAUUAA